AAAAAAUCACCCAUAUCAAGUGUCCGCACACACUGUUCACUCAGCAAUAGACUAGCCCUGAAUGAAUCGAGGAUAUCACCGUGAUGUCACGGAUUCACUGACGGAAGUUAACGGAGUAUUAAUCGUCUAUUUAUCAUCCAUAUUUGUGCAUCAUGAGAGACACAGUGACGUUGUAAUCAACAAUUAGCAAUAAUGCCAGGAUGUCUAACUAUGACAGAAAGGAGGGAAAUCGGACAGCGAUCGACUAUGAUCGACAGUUCCAGGAGGAUUUGGAACGUGCCCAGGCACUCAGCCUCGAGAGUUUGGCACUGGAGAAAUUUAAAAUGCAGAAACAACAGUUAGAAUGCGGUAACUUUGUGCGUAGGGCUUAUGGCUCACAGCAGGAUUACAGUGGCAGGAGUCAUGCCAACGAUGGAGAGUGUGCUUCACAGACCUCUGACAGAUUCUCGUUGAGGAGUCGUCCAAGACCAGGAGGCAGUCAGCCAAAAAAUACUGCAAUAAUAGCCCCACCACCGCCAGUCCCCUGUCGAAGGAAUUCGACAACGGCAGUCGCUACUCCCAAUACUCCCAAUGCAACAACUGAUCUGAUCAAUUUCACGAGCCCCAUAAAGCAGGAUCCGAGUCUGGAGGACUACUGCAGCAUUCCACCGCCAGCACCACCUCCAAAGGCCCCCGUGGAUCCACGAUGGGAGAGCCAUCCAGCCCUCAUGAGGAGGACAUCGAGGGUAACCAGAAGCAAUAGCUCAGCUGCUUCCUAUCAAACACGUGACUUGCGCUAUCACUCACCAUCACCUGGACCACACCCAUCAACAGCACCAUGCACACCCGGUACACCGGGUAUCAGUCCUGUUAUGCCCAGAGCAUGUGUCAAUCCCCAAGUUCCUGAUGUCAUUCCUCAGCCUGCUUGGAAUUUUUUUAGCCUUUCCAACUGUUUCUUCGCUCAGAUUCCGCCCCUCCCAAUAAACUACCGUCCGUCGCCUCCUCCUCCGAAAUAUGCGAUAGACGAUGGUCAUCUGAAAGUUCUGAAGGUAAUCGAGAAAAAGCCGAACAACAACCUGAUCGAUCUGACGGCCUUCGAGACCCUCGAGGACCGUUCAAAUGUUCGGGUGAGCGUUCUGGAAGCUUUCGAUCCUCUGCUAGUAAAGACUGAAGAAACCCUGAGUACAACACCCCACCAAAUAAAAGAAGAAAACAGCAGUCAGGUCGACGGGUCAGUCUACGAUCCCUUUGAUCCCUUCGACUACAUGUACAGCACAAAUGAAAGUGUCAAUUCUGAUCCUGUGUACGUGGCUGUGGAGAAGACCGCCAUGUCUCCAGCUGCAUCCCCAGCAGCGCCACCACUCCCCCCGAGAAAUUCCUCGGCCUGGACGACGAUAGAGCGUCGUCGAACGUCCUUGGAUCGUCGCCAGAAACGCCAAACUCGUCUCUACGAGAACGUCCAGGUGGUGAAAGCGAGGGCAUCAUUGCACGACUGCGACCUAAAGGCCUUCCACCACAUGAUAAAAUCGGUGAGAAGUGAAUUCCUUUUCAACGACCCCAUCACAAACGUCGGCCACGUAGUCAGUCCAAUGAUGGAGAAUCUCUACCCAGAGGGUACAUCCAUCAAACUCGUGGUCCAUCCCCAGUUGCCGGACAGUAGUGACACCCUGCCAUCGAUAUCCUUCACCUGUGACGUCACCUGCAGCGUUGAGCACGUCAUCUUCAACGUGGCAUGUUCAUUAGAAGACGAGGACACAGUGAUUGCCGAGAAGUACUGCCUGAGGGUCUGGGGUCUGGCCGAGUAUUUUGCCCCUAACACAACCCUAGCUAAUUACGAAUACAUCCACCAGUGCAUAAAGCUGGAGAAGGACAUAGAAUUGGCGAUAAUGACCCGGGGGCAGAUGAAGAAAUCGAUAGCUCGUACCCUCCAGGAUGACAAUCGUGAGCAGUGUCUGAGGCUUGAGGAGAUUCUCCCCAAUGAACCCAACGAACCCAUCUCCUACGACAGCCUCGUAAUUCUCUUGGAGACUGUCGAGAAGGAGAUGGAGAGGGUGGAGACAACUGCUCUUCAGCUUGUCAACACCAAUAACAGUUCGAGUCUUCUCUCGCAGCUACAGCCACGAGGGGUCAUUCAAGCUGUCAAAGCAGUCUGCGCACUGAUGGGUAAUAUCGAGACCUGCGAGAUCACUGAGGCAGUGGAUAAUUUCACAAAUGCCUGCUGCCAGUUUCUCCCCCAGGUGCACACCGCUCAUAUUGAGUGCAAAAAGCCAGAGGUCCUCCAUGAGGAUGGAGACUACUCAGUCGUCACCUUAAGAACCAAAUUCCCAGAAGUCCUUGCUUCCCACUGCCACAAGAUCAGAGACGCUGUGCAGGAUCUUGUUGAGAGCUAUUGUCACGCUUUCAAGGUGGACUUUCAGCUUAACACUCGAGGUGAAUAUCCUACGAAUAGUCUGGUAUCUUCGGAGGUAUUGGACACUGUUCUUGUACGUGUUGGUGCACUUCACAGGCUGCCGGGCACCUGGAGGCACGACGACUAUAUCGUAGCAGCUCAAUUGUUCCAUGGAACAAGACCUGUCGGUAAUCCGGUUUUAUCCGAGCCCAUGACAGUGAACACAAAUUUUUAUCCAAGAAUUCUAUUCAACACUUGGCUAGAGUUCAGGGGAAUCAGUGUGUGUCAGGUGCCCAGAGAGGCGAGACUGGUGUUGGUGAUUUACGGACGGACUGUUCAACCGACAGAACAUGAGUCUAACUUCAAUGGUAGCUCCAUGCAGAAGGAGGAACUCGGAUGGGGGGCUAUUCAAUUCUUCGAUUACGAUGGAGUUAUGAGUCAGGGCAGCUAUUUUCUAUCUCUUUGGCCUGCUGUUGCUGAUAAACGACUGGGACCUGCCCCAGCACCUGGGAUUCACCCUUACGGCGAGACAAAUCCCAUAAUUGGACUGGAACUACCAGAUUAUGGAGGACGAGUAUUGUUCCCGACUGAGCUCAGAGACCACGACAUUGAGUCGUUGGAUAUAAACUCCCUGGAUCAGAACACCAAGGAGCUUCUCAUCGACAUCACCCAGCAGGAUACAUUCUCCAGACCCCCCAUAGAUGAGAGGGAGAUCCUCUGGGAGAAACGUCAUUAUCUCCAUGAGAUCCCAGAGGCCCUUCCCAAAGUCCUCCUGGCAGCUCACAGUUGGGACUGGGCCUGUCUCCCUGAUCUACACGCAUCUCUGAGGAUCUGGAGCCCCUUGCCACCGGUUCAGGCACUCCAGCUACUCCUCCCCUGUUUUCCUGAUAUCAAAGUCAGGGAGAUGGCAGUGGGAUGGAUCAAGGAGUUGAGCAAUGACGAGCUCGUGGAUUAUUUGCCUCAGCUCCUGCAGGCACUCAAGCACGAGACUUACGAGGCAUCUCCACUGGCCAAAUUUUUACUCGAGAGGGCUCUAUUGUCACCACGAGUUGCUCAUCACGUUUACUGGCUGCUAAAUCAGGCUCUCCCUGGCCAGAGUCCCCAGAACUCCGAGGGUUCCCUGGAAGACGACAAGAGUGUCGGCUCCAUGAGGUACCAGAGGAGGUUGCAGCUCAUGCUGAGGGCUCUCUUGGCUGUGAUUGGGGAAGGGCUGAGGAACAGCUUCCUGAGUCAACAGUGCCUCGUCAAGAAUUUGAAUCAAGUCGCUGAGAACAUCAAAAUCACCAAGGAGUCCUUGAGAAUGGACGUCCUCAAAGUGGAACUCCAGAAUAUCGACUGUCAACUGACUGAGGAUAACGGCGUUUGUCUUCCACUCUCACCUAGCCGACUGGCCUUUGGUAUAAACGUUCAGACCUGCUCAUAUUUUCCCUCUUUCACUCUUCCUCUGAAGAUCAAUUUCGUGGGCUGCGAUAGCGUCCCGAGUCCCGCCAUUUUCAAGGUAGGGGAUGAUCUACAGCAAGACAUGCUUACUCUCCAGAUGGUCAGGAUUAUGGACAAGUUGUGGCUCAAGGAGGGAUUGGACCUCAAGAUGGUGACUUUUGCCUGUGUUCCCACUGGCAGCAAGAGGGGAAUCAUCGAGAUGGUGACGAAUGCUGAGACCCUGAGGAAAAUACAGGUUGAGUUUGGACUCACUGGGUCCUUCAAGGACAGACCCAUUGCUGAGUGGCUGGCUAAACACAAUCCCUCGGAGUUGGAGUACGAGAGGGCAGUGGAGAACUUCACGGCUUCUUGCGCUGGGUACAGCGUUGCCACGUACAUCCUGGGGAUAUGUGAUAGGCACAAUGAUAAUAUCAUGCUGAAGACCUCGGGACAUCUUUUUCAUAUUGACUUUGGCAAAUUCCUCGGGGACGCGCAGAUGUUUGGGAAUUUUAAGAGGGACCGCACACCAUUCGUUCUCACAUCAGACAUGGCGUAUGUGAUAAACGGUGGUGACAAACCCUCAGCAAAGUUCCACAAUUUCGUUGAUCUCUGCUGCCAAGCCUUCAACAUCGUCCGGAAACACGGAAACCUGAUCCUUCAUCUCUUCGGCUUGAUGACCUCCUCCGGGAUUCCUGGAGUGACUAUGGACGCUGUCAGUUACGUGCAGAAGGCUCUGCUCCCUGGGCAGACGAAUCCCGAAGCUGCUGCUACAUUCGCCAGGAUGAUUGAGAGCUCUCUCAAGAGCUGGUUCACACAGUUCAACUUUUUUCUACAUAAUUUGGCGCAGUUGAGGUUCACUGGGGACCAAAAUGACGGGGAACUGCUGUCAUUCGUUCCAAGAACAUAUACAAUGCAACAGGAAGGACAGUUGACAAGCGUCCAAGUGCACGGCUAUCAAAAGAGAUACGACCCAGAGAAAUAUUAUAUGUACAUAUUGAGGAUUCAGAGGAAGGGGCAGGCUGACCCGACAUAUCUCUUCAGGUCCUACAAAGAGUUCUGCGAAUUCUAUCAGAAACUCUGUAUUCAUUUUCCCCUCGCAAAAGUUACAAGUUUACCCAGUGGCAUGAGUGUGGGCCGAUCGAAUAUCAAACAAGUUGCUGACAAGAGACGCGCUGAUAUCGAGAAAUUUCUGCUCAGUCUGUUUAAAAUGGCACCGGAAAUAUCCCAGAGCGAUCUCGUAUACACCUUCUUUCAUCCACUUUUGAGGGAUCAACAAAAUGCUGACAUUCAUUUGAGAAAAGUUAAAGUUGGUAACUGGUGGGCAGAGAAGAAGAUCCGAGACAAUGUUCAAUGUGGUCAAAUAAAAAUAUCACUGCACUACACUCGUGGUACACUAUCAGUAAUGAUUCAUCAUGCCCGAGGUUUGCCAAAGGUUGCCAAUGCUCAAGAGCCCAACACAUACGUCAAAGUUUACCUCAAGCCCGACCCGACGAAGGCAACGAAACGGAAGACGAAAGUCGUCAAGAAAAAUUGUCAUCCAUCCUUCAUGGAAAUGUUGGAGUACAGAAUGCCUUUGGAGGUCAUCCAGGAUCGAGCUCUGGAGGCGACUAUUUGGAAUCACGAUACACUACAGGAGAAUGAAUUUCUGGGUGGAAUACGAUUGCCCCUCUCGCACUGGAAUUUAACUAAGGAAACGAUCGAGUGGUUUCCCUUGGGGAGCCUUCGAUGAGUAGAUUAACUGUCAUCAACGCACAAGUUGAAAAUUCUCACAAAAUAGAAGAGAUUUAGGUUAAGAAAUUGAUGAAUUUUUUAAUUAAGUGGAAUUUGGAAUAAUCACUCUGGGUCCAGUGAUUAGUGGUUCCCCUGUGGCUCUAAAAGUCGUCUGAUUGGUAAUUUAUGAAUGAAAUUGUGAACCAAAGGAAGGACCUAACUCUACCUAUACAAGAGACAAAUUUUAACAAUAUUUAUACGAAUUAGGUGGUGCCGAUCAUGUUUUGUUUUUCUAUUUUCUACAAAAUUUUUACGCACUCAUAACCCAAGUCCGAUAUCAUAUCAUCGUAGGAUAUUCGACAGACGAAUGGAAUUUUUUUUGUAAACGACAGUGUCGAGUAUGUUUCGUUGACCGUUUGCUGUCCCGAAUGAAGUAAAAUUGUGAUAAAUAUUUAUACACGUUGUUACCACAUUACGCAUGGUAAUUCUAACAAUUGUACAUAAAUUUACGACUUUUUGCCUGGCUCUACAUCAUUGCAAUAUUAAUAUUCCAAGCUGAGGAGAAGUUAUGGAAAUUAUAUUUUCUUUUUCACUUUCUAUAAUUAAAUAGAGAAACUACCAAACGAU